AUCGAUCAAUAGCUUGAAGAGAAGGGAAAAUCUAGAUUCAGGUCUUAUCUCUUUCGCCCAGUCGGUUAUUCGUGUUUUAAAACCUGAAUUGCUGUUAUUGAUUGGGCUCCGUACCGUGUCGUUGAUGCUAACCGCGAGUGUAGACCGGCGCUUCAAUGCAGGGCAGUUUCAAGAUUCAGCUCAUAAACAUGGGGACACGGGCGGCGGCCUUUACGGCGAAGAUCCGCAGCCUGUACGACUGUCAGCUACGGUUGAUGCACAACAUACAACCGUUGCCAUCCGGCGUUGAUAUCGCGAACACAGUCAAAUACUUCUCACAGACGCUACUUAGUGUACUAAAAGAUGUCCCGCGGUCACCUUUGGAGAUGCUGCGAGAUGCUGACAACGACGCUGACAGGAUGAUCCUAUACCCAAACUUGGACUAUAAGGGACUCUUCAACGCCAUAUCGCAGCUGGUCGAUGCGGCGCCGCACCUUCAGUAUGGAAUACAGGCAUUUGGUCAGGCAGUUCUACAGUGUCUGGGCUGCUUGCUGCCAUUCCUGGAGUAUGAUAUGAUAGACAAUCUGCCAUACUUGGUAGCAUACUGCGUCGCAGUGUUCCCAGUCGCCCUACAUCAAGAGAUACUACAUUUACUCUGCUAUUAUAUUCUGCCUUUUACUAUCACACGAAAGUACUCUGGACAAGAGGAGGAGAGUCAAGCUUCGCAGUCAGUCGCAGCCAUUGUGAUGAUGGUAUUCCAGCACUCUAGUAACCCUGCACACCACUGCCAGCUGCUGGAGUGUCUAAUGUCGAUGAAGCAGUCGGUGGUGAAAGAUAUACUGUGCGUGAUCGCGUACGGCACGUGGGGCGCCCGUGUCUCCGCCGCCAAGCUGCUGUUCUACUACUGGCCGCCGUUCGACGCGAAGCUCUUCGACAGGAAGGGGCUCCUCUGCAAGUUUUCUAACGACUUGGUCCCGUUCCUGUGCCAGCGAGACAUGUGCCCAAACGCGGGGUCUGCUGAGGCUGCGAAGGUGUGCUACGACCACUGCAUCAGCGUCACCUUCGCCUCCGACAGUCCGCCACCGCUAUAUCUUUGCAUUGAAUGCGCUAAUGAGAUUCACAGGGAGCAUCCAAAUCAACGGUUCUUUGACAUACUGCAUCCACAGCAGCAAGUGUCUAUGGUUUGCGAGAAUAAGAAUUGUCGCUCGACAGAUAAAGCAGCGUAUUCCAUUUGUUUUUCAAAUGAAUGCGCCAGUUACAACGGAAACCAUCCAAUCAGGUACUGUCAGCAGUGUCACGGCAACCGCCACAACAGCCGGCGAGGCGGCGACCACGUGGUGCACACGCGGCUGCCGCCCGCCUGGCAGAUGGACUCCGACAUGCAGACCAACCUCGUAGAGGCCAUCAUCAGUUUGCUAAAGGAAGCGAAGCCAAUAAAUAUGGAGGAUCCGGACAGUUCGACAGAACACCUAAAGCCGCCGCUCACAGUUAACCUGCCGGACCCUAUUUCAAUUGAAGACAGACAACUACUCGGCAGAUACGGCGUAUGGUUGAUGGUCGGCCUAUGUACCCCGAACCCUGAUACUCCAGACGAAGUACUCGGUCGACUGCUCUCCGUAUUGUUCCACUGGUUUCAUGUCACUUCCUUCUCAUACACAGGCGAUACGGCUAAUAGUGUGGAGAAGCUGAAAUCGGAGCACGUGUGUGGGUGGGUGCGAGCGAUUGCAGAGUCGCAUCGGUCGGUGCUGGUGUCGUGCCUGUUGCCGCACCCGCCGCACUACACCAGGCAGGCCGGCCACUGGGACAACCUCGCCUCUAAGGCGCACCACCUCAAGGACGGCCUUAACAGAUUAUAUUGUUUGAUACCUUACGGUAUAAUCACUCAGUCCAUUUGGGACUACAUCAUGCCCGCUUGGAUGGAGGCCAUAUGCACAGAUGUGCCUGAAAAAGAGCUGAUGGAGCUGAAGGUCCCGCUGGCCAAGAUCCUGGAGCCGGACGGUAGCAUGGUGGGCGUGGACGAGCGCAACCUGUAUAAGUUCGCCGCGCACAGGGUGUCCUCCGCACCCACGCCGCACACCGUGCUGCCCGUGCUCGAGUGGUUUCAGACGAUAUCAAUGUUGGAUGUGAAAAUCCCGCUGAAUCAGCUUUUCGAUCUGUUCAGCCAUUGUGUUGUCAACAUGCCAGAGAAGAUAUUCAAACCACCAUCGGAUAAAUCGAAAGAACCAAAAAGUUCUCCAACUGCCACUGAAAAAGAGAAGAAGGAGAAGGAUGAACAGAUGAAGCCACAGAACCUCACCUGUUGUAUCCUAAUGCUUGACAUACUAUUAAAACAGAUGGAGCUGCAGCAACGACGUAUCAAUAGCCAGAACGUGAGCAGUGAAGCGACUAAGCUUUUACGAUUGAUGCUUAAGUCCAACCAAUUGAACACUGUUGAACAUGCGGUGUGCGUGUCGGAGGGCGCGUGCUCGUACUGCGAGGCGGCGGCGCUGUGGCACCAGCUGGCCGUGCUGCUCGUGCGCGCGCUCGUGCCCGACAGGCCCAAGCCUCCGGAGCCGUCCAUGGAAGACAUGUGGUCGGAGACGCAACCAAAGAAGAACCAAUCGGAAGACGAGCGCAGCAAGUCGGGCGGCACGCCGGCGGCGUCCGUGGACGCGCUGAUGUCGAUUGCCCACGGGGUGGGCGUGGGCGUGGGCGUGGACAAAAGCUCAGUAGGAGGCGUACUGGUGCAUAUGCCACAUUUUGUUCAUUUCAUGCAACUGUCACUAAUAAGCGACGUCGGUUCGGACCCCACACUGACUAAAUCGUCAGGGGACACGCAAAUAAUGACGGCCACAGUGGAGACGAUCACGGAGCAGCUGGACAUGGCGGUGUCGCUGCCGCCGCCCGACGCGCCGCCGCUCGCCACCGCGCACACAGUCACCCUCACCGACACAGACGUCGCCACCGCCACAGCAGACGUUUCGACACCAAAUCUGCUCGGUGAUAACGAAGCUAUGGGGGAGUCGGUUGAUGACGAUAUGACCAAUUUCUGGCCGACAUCGGCUGGCAAGUUCCAUUUCUGCAUCGACGAGUUGCCACAAGAGUUGCAGUACAUCCACCAAUUAUUACAGGAAUUGAAAAGUACCUCCCGUCCCGACGUGUUGUACCACCUGCUGCAGUGCCUUCAGGUGUUGGUGCUGAACGCGGAUGCUCUCGCCGAGCAUAGGGGUUUCCUCAUAUGGUGCCAGGAGAACCUUCUCAUUGAUAACCUGUGGAACGUGUGCAACGCGUGCCACUCCCACAUCUGCUCGGUGGCGGUGCCGGUGCUGCUGCACUGCGUGACGCUGGCGGGCGGGGCCGACGUGUUCUGCAACCUGGUGCGCGACCAGUUCCACCACCACGACCACCGCGUGCGGUUCACCGCCGUCGAGCGGGUCACCAUCGUCAUCAGAUUCAUGGACGGAUCACCAGUAAAGACGAGCCUCCCGCUGCAGACGGCACUCGCGACUGCGUUCUGCUACCUCAUCUCCAGCAUGGAUGAUAUUAACGUGUACGUCGCACAACGGGCGACACUCUACAUUGGCACUAUACAUGAUAAUGCUAUCGAUUUGCUGCUGUACUGUUUGGAGACGCAAUUCGAUUUGGUGAUCGUGGACCGGCCGAUGGUGCUGCAGUCUAUCUACCAGCUGCACAACACUCUCAGUGAUCGCCGCAUACUCAAUUGGGAGUUCUUCCUCAACCGAUUCGAAGCGCUGUUGCUCGAGGCGCAGAUCAAUUCUAACAAAACUGUCGACUUCUCUAACUUGAGAGAGUUGGUGAGCAGCGAGACGAGCUCGGAGUGGUUCGUGUCGAAGGUGCGGCGCGCGCACUCGGCGCUGCAGGCCGGCGCCGCGCACUCACUCAGCGCCUCCUUCGGGACCAAGUGGCCCUACAAGCGGACCAUCUCCGCGCCCGCCACGCUGCCGCCGCCGCCCGCCGACCCGCGCCUCGACCGCGAGAAGGUGUACUCGCGACAGUACUCUGCGCCGCUGCUGAAGCGGAAGACGUCCCGGUUCGGUCUGGGACAGCUGCUGGCCGCGCAGCAGCCGCUCGGGCAGCCCAGGCAGGCCAACUCGCACGACGGAUUUCAUUCCCUGUCGGGGCGUUCGACUGAAGAGACGCUAACUACAGUGCUACCGAAAGCUGUAGAUCUUGAAGAAGCUGACCGGGAAACCACAAAUUUGUUGGUGUUUCUUCUAAUGCAGUUCUUAUCAAGGUCAGACCAAGCUCACCCCACAGAAGAUAAAUCCUCAUUGAAAAGUCAAGAGUUGGUGUUGAAGCACUUGUUCUUGUUGUUAGGAUACAACUGCGUCGAAAAAUAUUUCCAUUUGUCACCCUAUACUUUGAGGCAAUCAUCAAUAUUUAAUGCGUUCAUGGCUAAUUUGCCGCAAGUGUUGGAUCAGAAUCAUUUGAUGGGUGCUAGUAUAGCUGAACCUACUUUGCUGUUACUUCAGUACUGCUGCGGCGGCGGAGCGGGGGCAGCGGCCACCGCGGGCGGCGGCGGCGCGGGGGCCGCGGGGGUGGGCGCCGCCACGCUGGCGCCGCUGGAGCCGCACGUGCGCCGCCACUGGCUGAUGGCGCUGCUCGUGCUACUGUACAAGUACCACUACGGGAGCGGCGCCAUAUGCGCGCAGGUGCAGGCGCUGGUGCGCGUGGUGCUGAACUCCGUGGAGGCGCAGUACCACCACUGCAAGCGAAUCCCGCCCAUGCUCGUCAUGCCGCACCCGCUUCCUCACACUGCGCGUGCCAGGGAUUUAAGCCAGCCGUCUUUGAAAAUGGAACACGACCCGCUGUCCGGGUGCGCGGCGGCGGCGGGCGCGGGCGCGGCGUCGGCUGCGGUCGCGGCCACGGGCGCCGGCGGGAGCGGGUGCGGGUGCGGGGGCGGGAGCGGGUGCGGGUGUGCGGGCGCGGCCGGCAGCCCGCUGGCCGGGAAGGGCAAGCUGCACAAGUCGCCCGCGCACAUGCACACGCACUGGGAGGAGCCCGCGCCGCACAAAUACCAACAAUGGAGCCUAGAACAAGAAUCUUCUGAGAGCGAAUUGAUUGCCAUCCCGGAGACAAGCGAUAAAUCCGACACCACUGUCCACGGAAGUACUGCGCCCGGAUCCUUCGAUGAACCAUCUCAUUAUGAAGAUCCACCCAAAAUCGACACACCAGCCACAUCUGUACCGCCGUCACUGAAUAAAAUUCAAACAGCCACGGCCAGUUCCCGGUCGGGACAUCAACUGUCCACGAGUUCGUCAGUAUCCAUUGGCAGUGAUUCAUCCAACUUAAAAUCAACUCCAAUGAGCGGACAGUCAGUGGAGAUCUGGCCAGAUCAAUUGCAUGGCCAGCAAACUUCUCCACGGGCCAAAGUACUAGGAAAGCAGAAGCGGAUAGUGGUGGGCAGCAGCACGUCCCCGGAGACCGCGCCGUCGUCGGGCGGCUCGGGACAGUUCGCGGCCUGGCCGCCCGCGCACCACCACCACCACCACCACAUCAAGAGCCCAGGCGCGGGGUGCACGUACGCGUCGCCGGAGUCGCCGCUGUCCCGCAUGGAGGUGGCGUGGGGCGCCCCGCGCGGCCCGCCCCCCGCCGGCCCCGCGCCCCCCGCGCCCCCCGCGCAGCCCUUCCACAUCCCGCCGCAAGAACGGUUACUGCCCAUCGGCCCGAAGCCCAACAAAGAACAGUAUCCAGUGUUCAACGCCUUAGUGGAUAGGGUGCGGGAGGCUUUAAGUUUACCACCAGAUGAUUUAACGGACAAAACGGAUUCAAGUCGUUCAGAUUUAGAACCAACGCCGACACCCUCGGAUCGACCUCAGGAACUGAAAAAGUCUUCGGAAGCCAGUAGCCGGUCUCCGCGGCGACUGGCGCGGCAGGCGGCGCAGCUGGGCUCCCCGCCCGCGCCCCCGCCCCCCGCUCCGCCGCGAGCAGGUAAGUGACACUCUCGCCACGAUCAUCACACUCAGAGCUCGUGCCCGGCGGGCGCGUGGUGGGAGGCGGAGAGCCGCGGGGGUCGGCGGGCGGCGCACGCGGCCGCCCCCGCGCGGCCCGACACCACGCUCUGCUACCACUGCGCGGAGUGCGGCACGGCUGCGGAGCAGUACAGCGACGAGGAGCUGGGGCUGUGCGUGAUCGUGCUGGCGACGUUCGUGCACCGCGAGCCGGCCGCCGCCGCCGCGCUGCUGCCCGCGCUGCUGCACCACGUCAGCAGGGUGGUGCAGCUGGGCCAGUACUCGUGGCAGGUCGAGACCAAUACGCGUCUGCCGGGCAGCGCGGUGUUCGUGGCGCACCAGUUCCUGCGCUGCGUGCUGCACCAGCUCGCGCCCAACAACGUCUUCUUGCAGAUAUUCUUGCAGAGGACUCCUGAAAAGCAACGGUUGAUGUUUUUCAAGAGUAUUGCCCAAGCCUUCGUGGAUUUCAACGAACUGUACCCGUGCGGUCCGCUGCAGCUGGUCAUCGAGCAUCUUAACUCGAAGAAAACCUUGCCUAUUGACCAACUGAGCGUAAUAGCGGGCAACAUCGCCAUGUACGUGGAGUGCCUGGCGCCCGAGGCGCUGGGGCCGGGCGCGGCGUGCGCGGCGCUCGUGCAGCAGCUGGAGACGCUGCUGCGUGGCGCCGCGCUGCAGCUGCCACAGCUGGACGAUGUGCUGCCGCUGCUGCGACUGGCCGCCGCUGCGCUACGCGUGCCCGGCGCUGCUCAGCACAAGAGCAUACUCGAACCAAUCUCCAAGAUCGUGAGCUACGGCAUCCAGAACUUCGUGGUGCGGCUGUCGGUGAUCUCUGAGCUGAGCAUGGCGUGCGUGCGCGUGUUCAGCCGCGACCGCGACCGCCUGCUGGUGUGCCGGGUGCUGGUCUACGAGCUGGUGCAGGCUCUCCGUACCAAGACCACCGUGCCUGAUGAUAAUCUCUUUGUGUUGAUACAGUUCGUGCUACAAGGUCACGGGUGCCGGCUGGCGCUGCCGGGCGCGCUGGGGGCGGGCGGCGGCGGCGGACUGCUGGCGGCCGCCGGGGACGCGCGGGAGCUGGGCGGCGGCGCCGUCGACUGCAUGCGGCCGCACCUGCCCGACAUGCUCGACCUGCUGCUCGACCCGCACCUGCUCAACAAGAUCAAGGGGUCCGUAUCGAAGUCGAUAGUGAACCGCAAUCUGAUCUGCCUGAAUGAAGACACCCUGGGCGCUAUCGUAAAAUGUGGCAUCGCGCAGUACGUCGCGAUGGAGCUGGCAUUGGAACAUUCCCGCGGCAAGCAAGAUCGUGGUCAAGCGGCUCGGCACAUGCCUUGGCUUACAUCUUCUAUGCCUGGGUCGCGCGAGGUGGGCGAGUGUGUAGGACGCGUCCGGCUGGUGUCGUGGCUGGUGAUGGGCGCGCUGUGCAACGCACGCGCGCGUCCUCCGCUGCAGCAGCCCGUGCCGCAGGACGCCACCUGCCACAUCACCGACCAUAUACAGACAAUAAUGUCUUCGUACGUGGAACAAACUAAACCGGCACCACAACGCAUGAACGCCCUAUUCCAUGCGUUCAUCCUGUGCCAACUAUGGACGCUUUACUUGGAGGAGCUAGCCUCAGCCAGCACACCGAGCAGUGAACCACACAAUACUACCAUAUGCAUUCUCCUGGACUUCUGGUGCAAGCUUGUACCAAGUAUUCUGCAGGUCACUGUGCAGUCUAAAGUGUUGGCUGAAACCGUAAACUUACAUUUCCUGAGUCUACUGGAGUCACUAUUAGAAUGCAAUUCGACUGUGCUCAACAAACUGCUGCCUUUGUGGAUACCUAUACUACACUCGCCACUAUUCAACAUGCCGCGGCACGUGGAACAGCGGCUGGACACGUGUCGAGCGGCGCGGCCGUCCGCCGUGCGCACGCUGCCGCACGUGUCCACCACACAGAACGCCACCACCACGCACGCCACCACACACUCCACCACACACGCCGCCACGCCGCACGCCACCACGCACGGCGAGCACGCCGCGCACGCAGCCCAACGUCGUCUACACCGUCUGCUAGCCAAGAUGGCGCAGCUCGAGCUGCAGCCGCAUAGCUUCUACUUCAUAUAAUUGACACCGCAUACGUUAUUUCACCCUGGUAGGCAGUACAAGUAAUCAAACCAGUUACACUCACAGCAUCAGCCAAGUUCCUUUUGCCCUGAAUGUACUGUGAGGUACUGU